AUGACCGACGCAAAGCGGAUUGGGUUAUGCGAGGCUUGUGCCAAGUGGGAUCUUAUGCUCUUCUUCUCCGAGGCCAUCGUUGAGUUUGCUUUACUGACAAAGAGAAAAGAAACGGAUUCACGAGGAUGGGGCCGGCCCGAGUUGGCCGAGUUUCGUGCCCUGCAAACACCACAAGUCGCCCCGGAGGACGAGAUCUUUGUUCGUACAUUUCAUCCAGCCCUGCGAGAUUGUGAUCGAGUUUUCGUCUCGGAUCCACGCUACGGUCCUGAGGUUUGGCUCGUGGUUGGCAACUGUACAGCCAAUGUGGUAGCAGGAAGACCUGUCCAUCCGAUGCCCGGAGACAGAAGCAACCUGAAGCCCCAUGGCAUCCUGACUCCACGAUCCCCAUGGAAAGAGGAGUGGCUCUUCCAGACAGACAUCAAUCCACGCAAAUUUCUCUCACAUGAUCAACUGGAUGCCCUUCGAGAGAUUUUUCCCAAAGCUGUUGGAGCAAGAGUACACGCUGCGGGAUACCUGGUCAUGCUUUUUACCUCGUUGUCUGACAUUCAGCAUAUGUACUUGAAUGACUGGGUGAUGGUGGUCGGUGGCUUGAGAGUGAUGUAUGACCUUCUCGAGAUUGAUAUUACCUCCGACACAGUUGCCUCUGGAAUGCCGGUAUCUGGGAGCCCAGAUGCUAUUCAUGGUGACGGCUGCUUAGGGCUCAGGAUCAAGCUGCAAGACGGAACAGAGGGAAUCACGACGGUCACGCAUGGAUUCGUCAAGCAGCCAGACCAGUCUCGUAUGCUGCCUUUUUUCGACUGGAUUUGUAAGAAGAAGGAUUCCCUCCGACGACUGCUAUCUCUGCCAACCCGUGCAGACACCCCGGCAUCUGUGAUGUCUAGAGGCUGGCUAUCGAACUCACCCAUCGGGAAGGAAGUCUGGCUUACUGCGGCCGACAAGCCGACACUGGUUGGUACGAUCACUCAAACAUUCGACAGUCCUAGCCUAGUGUUUCCUUACCCGACCGGUUACCGACACGAUCUCAGCCUAAUCACUAGUGAGAAGUUGCCGCACCUCAUCAGCCCCCCCGGAUACCCAGUUGUGACAGGAUGGGCUGAGUACUCUGAAGCACUCUCGGGUCACCACGUCUACUUGGUGAAGCUGAAUGCUAUCACCCAGAGAUGGGUAGUCGCGGAUGGUACUAUCAAUCCCGCUGCCAUACGGGACGCCGGUGUAAUCGGGACUCAUUACAUGUGGGAUACUGCGUCUCAUACGCAAUCUGCAUCAUUAUUAUGGACAACGGUAGAGCCCACGACGCCAGCUCAGGGUUGGUCGGGCUCUGUUCUGUGCUUGGGAAGUCCAACAGAUGCAGCUAGUCGAGCGUUGGUUUUCCAAAACUACCAGAUGCACUGCACUUGUGACGUCGAUCUCGUCACCGGCGAGAAAAUCGAGACCAUUGUGAAGGCUGGAUUCCUUCUUCCCGAAGCCGUACGCAGCUCGACAAUCAUGUCGGGCUCAGACGAGUACCGCAACCGAGCUUCGGACAGUUACCCUCGCCGGAGUAGAGAGGGCGCAAUGCCUGGCCACCGGGUGUUCACGGCGUAG